UGUGCCCGCGCCUCCCCCUGGCGGUCGUCCCCUGAAUCACUGGAACUCGCAAUGGCCCAGAUCUCUCUGUGGCUGCUAGCAGGGGUGAUGCUCUGCUCCAUCCCUGCUGGUUCUCUAGAAGAGGACAAACAUUGGGUCCAUACAGGAGACAAAGGGAGCGUCUUAACUCUUUUGUCUCAACUGCAAAAGACCCCCCCUUACUUUUGCCUGGCUGACAGAAACGACUUCAAAUUCCCUUGGAAUUUAGAUACAAUCACCCAAAUGAAGAAGACACAACGCACCUGUUUCCACCAUCUGAUGCUCCUGCAGAUCUUCAACCUCUUCAGAGCACAGCGCAGCCUGGCUGCAUGGGACCACACCCUCCUGUCUCAACUACUGUCCAGCCUUCACCACAGCCUGGAGCACCUGGAGCAGAGGGAAGGAGAAAUCCGGGCUUGUCCCAAUGUGGGAAUUCUCGUCCGGAAGUACUUCCAAAGAAUCCAUAGCUACCUGAAGGAGAAGAAAUACAGCUCCUGUGCCUGGGAGGUCGUGAGAGUGGAAAUUACAAUACGCGUUGGAAUCAUGUAACAAUCCUCAAAGGAAAGGCAACUAAUUCAGAAUGAAUUUAUAUGCUGACUCUCACUCUCUUCAAUUGCAGUGUUUGCUAAGCCCUAAAACAAUCUCCACUCACAUUUCUGCACCAGCUGAGAAAUACCUGACACCAAACUCAAGCGGUUAUUUUAAAAAUAUAGUGUACAUCAGGAAUUUACAAAAUGAUGUUUAGAGAGAGGUACAU